AUGGUCGCUCAAGUCAAAGUAGCCAGCAUAGCCUUCAUCAACUUCGGAGGAGGACCUGUAUCACAUCAACCAACGAUUGAAGGAAAACGCACCGAAUCCGGCAAACCGAGCACCGAUUACCGGUUCCUCGGCACGCUAAUAGACAUCCUGCCACGUUCAUCCUUCUCGAUUCUCACUCCUCCCCUCGCCGGCUCCUCCAUCGUCUCAAUUCUCGCUGGCGCCAGUGCUUGUGCCAAGCUCGAACUGGCCGAUGAGAUCGUCGCCACCCUAGGUAAUGACCCCCAAGUCAUCGCCGGUGCCGCCGCUCUCGUGGCCGCAGAGAAGAACUUCAACCCUUUUGCUGUUGAUAUCCCCACCAUCUGCAGCAAUGCUGCCUUGCCGGCUACUCCUGAGCUGAGGGGUAUCAUCCCCUUGGUCGACCCUGCUGUGAAGGGGGCUGAUGUUCAGAACGCGAACUCGGCGGCGAGCUAGCAGGCUCCGUUGGCGGAUGCGGGGUUGAGUGUGGCUGAUAUUUCGAGGGCGGCUCGGUUUGAGAACUUUGAGGAGCAGGCUUAAGCGUUGGAACGAGAGCUCCAGCAGUGGUGUUUAGUGGGG